AUGACCUCCACAAUCAAUCCUUCUCCUAUACCUCUCUCCCCCAUGAGACAUGAGUAUCCAGGCGCCUCAUGCGCUAAUUUGUCAGCCUCGAACCUGGUACUCGGCCAUGAAAAGACCAACUUUUUGGCCUGGCGUAACAAUGUCUCACAACAGCCUCAAGAGGCAUACCCUUCUCCACCCACAUCCCAUGAAGCGGUUUUGCAAGAGCUGCCACCCAUGGACACCUUGUGUCUUCCCCCAUUCUGGGAGACACGCUAUGAUAGCGAUAUCACUAUUCGCCUUAUCAGUGCGAGACAAUCAGAGCGUCGGGCAGAGUCUCGACUUAUCCGAAGUCGCCUACGCCGUGUGAUGAUCGAACAAGAGCUCUAUAGUAGUAUGGAUAAGCGUACUGCUCAGAGGCUUCACAAAGCUAACAUCAGCCUUGGUAUUGCUCGCGGUGUAGAGACUCGUGCAUCUCAUAGUGUGAUAUGGCGCUUUACACUAGGGAGUAUACAGCACCAACUCGCAGCAUCACUCUGUGUACCAUCCACAGUGAUUCCUAUAUGA